GCACAAUCAACUCGAGCGAAUGUGCGUGAGCUGACAGCUGUCCCGAUGAUAUCGAUGAACGUAUCCAGCAGCAGUAGUAACAGCCUUCCCCAGAACAGCCACGGCAAAAAGCAAAAGAAGAAACACAAGAAGCAUCGCAAAACGGCAACAUUAGACAUCUCUAGUUUGGAGCUGGGACCCCAGGUCCCUUCCACCGAUGAACUGUGCCACAUCCUCACCAUCCACAGAUCCACCACCCCUCCAGUUUCACCCCCAACUCCCCCAUUAAACCUCUCUGAGAGCCCUCCAGAAUUACAGCCUCCAGCUCCCCUCCCGCACUCAGUUCCCAUCGCAGUGGUUCCGUCACCUACCAUAGUCUCCUCUCCAGACACACCCUCAACUCUUAUAGCACCUUCCGUGGGCCUACCUUCCAUGGGCCUACCUUCCGUUUUCUCCACGACUCCUCCCUCUCCACAUAACCUAUCCAAUCAGACAACCCCACCGCAGGCUCUGAGCCCUCCUCCUCCAGACUUUUCCCCGCCCCCUGCAGAAUUACUCGGCUCAGAUGAUGAAGAGCAGGAGAAUCCGGCAGAUUACUGUAGAGGAGGGUAUUAUCCAGUAAAGAUUGGAGACCUGUUUAAUGGCAGAUAUCAUGUGGUCAGGAAACUGGGAUGGGGCCAUUUCUCUACUGUAUGGCUGUGUUGGGAUCUACAACGGAAACGGUUUGUGGCCCUUAAAGUAGUUAAAAGUGCCCAGCACUACACUGAGACUGCACUGGAUGAGAUUAAGCUACUGAAAUGUGUGCGAGACAGUGACCCCACAGACACUAAACGGGAAAGGAUAGUUCAGCUCAUCGAUGAUUUUAAGAUCUCUGGUGUCAACGGUGUUCAUGUGUGUAUGGUACUAGAGGUGCUCGGUCACCAGCUGCUAAAAUGGAUUAUCAAGUCCAACUACAUGGGCCUGCCUCUGAUCUGUGUGAAAAGCGUUCUUCGACAGGUUCUUGAGGGUCUAGAUUAUUUGCACACUAAAUGCAAGAUCAUCCAUACGGACAUAAAGCCAGAGAAUAUCUUGCUUGAUGUAAAUGAGGUGUACGUGAGACGAUUGGCGGCGGAGGCCACGUUAUGGCAGAAAUCUGGAGCUCCGCCCCCCUCGGGCUCUUCUGUUAGCACGGCCCCAAGGGAGAAACAGUUGGGAAAAUUAUCAAAAAACAAGAAGAAGAAGUUGAAAAGGAAAGCCAAACGGCAGCAGCGUCUGUUGGACGAGAGGCUGCUGGAUCUUAAGCGGAUGGAGGAGCUGGAUGGAGUUUUGCCAUCAGAUGCUUCUGGAAACACACGGGCACUUUGGAGACUUAGUGAAGAUGGAGAGGACGAUGACACACAAGCACAAAUGAAUGGUAACGGUCACUCCUUGUUAGGGGCUCAGACUAAACACAGUCCAGAAUCUGGCUCACCGUGGCUGGAGGAGGGGUUUAAUGGCUACGGGCCCAUGCGGUUCUCCAGCCCUGGAUCAGGCCUGUCGGGUCUGUCUGGAUCCAUCCUGUCUGCUACCUCUGAAUCUGCUCUGUCUACUCUGUCUAGCUACUCCACAGAGCAUUCGCUGUUGUCACCCAACUCAUACUCUGCUGCUGAUUUUUUGGUGAAUCCUCUUGAACCUCAGAACGCAGACAAGAUACGCAUCAAGAUUGCAGACCUGGGCAAUGCAUGCUGGGUGCACAAGCACUUUACAGAGGACAUUCAGACACGUCAGUAUCGAGCUCUGGAGGUCCUGAUCGGAGCAGAAUAUGGGCCUCCUGCUGACAUAUGGAGCACUGCGUGUAUGGCAUUUGAGUUGGCUACUGGAGACUACCUGUUUGAGCCUCAUUCAGGAGAGGACUACACAAGAGAUGAAGAUCACAUAGCUCACAUAGUUGAGUUGUUGGGCCCCAUUCCUCCACACUUCGCUCUCUCAGGCAGAUACUCCAGAGAAUACUUCACCCGUAUAGGUGAGCUGCGGCAUAUCGCAAACCUUAAGCCAUGGGCACUAUUUGAGGUAUUGCUGGAGAAAUAUGAGUGGCCCUUGGACCAGGCGGCCCAGUUCAGUGACUUCCUCCUCACCAUGCUUGAGUUUAUACCAGAGAACCGCGCUACAGCAGCUGAGUGUCUACAACACCCAUGGAUCAACUCAUAACACUGUAUCUCCCCUGAAAACGUUCAUUCACUGCAUUUGUGCGGUCUGCAUCCUUUAGGUCCAAUUGGGCACCUUUCAGGGCGAAAACUUACUGUUGAGGUAAAACAAACUGGAGACACUGAAUUCUGAGCACACAUUAGCUAGAACCUCAAACGUAUGUUGUUUUUUAUACAUAAAUAUAUUUAAAGAAGCUUUGAUCUCUGAAGAUGAGGAUGAAUUGUCUGUAGUCUGUCAAAUGUUUUCAUUGUACAGUCAUCUAAUUGUGUAGAAGGGUCACAUAUUUAUGUUGAAAUAGUGCCUUGACAUGACAUCUGCAAAAACAGAAAAGUAAAAAAAAAAAAAGCCCCUCACCCUUUUAUUAUUGUCUGCCAAUAUGUGUGAGGAAUGCUUGUUUAUGAACAUACAGAACCCUGUAUGAGUAGUACUUGAUUGAAUUCAAUAAUGAAUUAAAACCCUGUGUACCGAAGAAUAAAGGAUCACUCAAA